CGAACCCCCGCCCCUCCCCAAAUCUCCAUCACCCGCCGCGCCGCCGCCGAUGUCUCCGCCGUCCUCCUCCGACGAGGCCGCGAUCUCCUACGUCUCGUCCGAGGAAGACGACAUCAGCCUGCCGCCGUCGCCUUCCCCGUCCCCCGAGCCCUCUCCCGAACCUUACGCGUCCUCCUCGGAGGACGCGCCUCCCGCAGCCAAGAAGCCGCGGCGACCCCGGAGCGGCACCGCGGGGCGGGCGCGAAGCUGGCCGACCGCGGACGAGGUGGUCCUCCUGGAGGCCGUCGUCGCGCACCGGGAGCGGCACGGCCGGCCCCCCUCCCGCGACGACCUCGCCGCCGCCCUCGCCGGCCGCCUCCGGUACAGCGGCGAGCAGGCCGCCGAGCGCGUGUCCACCCUGCGCAGCCGCUACUACGCCUCCGUCCGGCGGCUCUCCCGCGGCACCGUCCCCGUCACGGACGACGACAUGAGGGUCUACAGACUCUCCAAGCGCCUCUGGGAGGGCACGGUGGCGGAGAGGGCGCAUCGCGCCGCCGACAAGGCCGCGAGGCGCCACCACGAGCGGAGGGGCUCCGCGGAGCUCGAGGCGCUCUACCCCUGCCUCGCCGCGGAGGUGGAGGCGAUCGCGUCGCGGCGGCCGUGCGGCGGGGUGCUCAAGACGGCGUUCGGGAUGAUCGGCGACGAGAGGGCGGCGGCGCUGGAGGCCAGGGUCAGGAAGCAGCGGCGCGCGGAGGUGAAGGCCGGGAUGAAGCGGGCCGAGCUGAGGGGCCAGGUGGCCAGGACGCUACUCGAGUUCAUCAAAUGAUUUGAUUUCUUCCAGCAAAAAAACCGGAAUAGAUAAAUCCCGAACAUUCGGAAUUUAAGCAUGUCAUCCCGAACAUUCUUUAAUGGUAACUUUGUUUCAGUUUGAUUUUU